GGUUAGUUGUGAGGUGCACGCACAUGUCGUAUUCUCUGCUUCCUCUAACUCUAUUUGUGAUCACGGAGCACGGCAUUGUUGAAGUCUUAUCUGACCCGGCUCCCAACUUCCCGGCAGAUGAAGUGCAACAUACUACUACGUGUUCUCUAGAGUGUGUCGUCGCUACUUACACACACGAGGUCAGCAGUGGGCGGCAAACCAUUGAAAAAAUGCUCGACCUCACCCUAUCCCUUCACUUGCAAAUUGUCUCAAGAAUGGGCACUGGAGACUCCGGGGACAGUAGAGCACAUGAUAGUGCCUCUGUGGAACACUUGCCUGCUUCCCAAGUGCAGCUGGACGGGGUGUGGGUGUCCGUGGGGUUCAUACAUAACCAAGGGCCAGCUGGAGGCUGACGGGAAGACUCGAUCUUAGGGGAGUCGGCUGCGACACACAGGGAAGCUGUUGUUUUCCUGCGUUGCGCACGGAGCAGGAGGGUGGUGGGGGCGUGGGGUGGCUGGCGUCUUGAGGGGCCGCUUCCCACUACGUUCAGAAUUCAAAGCCACACAAGUAUUUUAUUCGAUUUAAAGGGUUUUUUCCUAUCUGAGUAACGAGCGGAAAAUAACAUUGAAACCCAAGAGAGGCGUUUUUUUUCCCGAUGUGAUGAUUAAAACAUGAAUGGAAAUCACGGGAAAGAAUGAUGUGAUGAUUGUGACUCUUACUUACAAAAAGCAAAAUAGAAAGAAAGGAAAAAAGAAAUGCCUUUUGGAAUCUCCUUAUUUUGUUCCGCGCCGUCAUGUCCCCCGGUCAUAUGUUUUCAUGCUGUGUGUGAGAUGGAGAUCCUUCCUGGAUGCCGUUUUGUUUAGAAUUCACUCAUGUUUCUUUGUAUUGAUUUGUAUUUAGCCUCUUUGGACAUGAAAUGCAUAUUUAUUUUUACACAAAUUCAUCUUUCGUGCAGCGUUUUCUCUGAAUUAUUUAAUGAUAUUUAGUCUUUCAAUUAUAUCACUAAUAUUCUGUCCUCUCAUAUAACAAAAAUGCAAUAUGUUGUUCACUUUAUAAAAAAAAAUGUUUUCUAGGACUAGAUAUUUCCUCUAUAACUUAGUAUGGAAACCUGGACAGACCAGACCUGUUCAUUUGAAUUUUUGCCUCGCGCCUCCCACUUCCACGUAAUAGAUUUUCGAGGCGGCAUUCAAAUCGAAUUAAUGUCAAAUUCUCCACGGUGAGAGUUCAAUCUGCCGCAGAACACAGGAGUGGUGUAUUUCCGGGACCCUGGAAAUACACCACUCCUGUCCCACCUAUGCUCUCCCACCACGCCUCUCCCAACCCAUCAUCUUCCACCCUCCCUCUCCCAACCCAGACGUCUCUCACCCUGCCUCUCCCAUUUCGCCUCUUCCAGCCCAGGCCUCUACCAGCCCAGGCCUCUACCAUCCCGCCUCUCCCAGCCCAUUCUCUUCUAGCCCAGGCCUCUCCCAGCCUGCCUCUCCCACCCCGCCUCUCCUAGCCUUCCUCUUCCACCACAGGCCUCUCCCAUGCUCUCCCACCCAGCCUCUCCCAGCCCACCUCUCCCAGUCCAUCCUCUCUAACUCCAACCCCUCCUAACUCUACCUCUCCCAGACCAACGCCCACGCUCUACAUCUUCCAUCCUUUUACCAUUUUUUUUUCUUUUUUUUUCCUAAUUACUUAACUUUUUCUCUCUCUCUUCCUUCCUCCUCCUUUCCUCUUUCAAUUUUGUAGCGUCACAGUGCUCCUCAUCCUUCCCUCCUGUCUCUGUUCACUCCUCCCUCCGUCCUCUUUAGUUGUGUCUGUCUGCAUGGGUGAUGGCGCCGCGGAGAGUGUGUUCAUGGAGGCGGCGAAGUGUUUGGCGUGUUGGGGACAUGUUUCUCUGCUGCGGUAAGGAAGUGUGUGUUGUUUUAUGAACGAGGGUUAAGAUGAGGUGAAACGAAACAGGUCUUUGUUAGAAAAAUAUAAAAAGAGAAGCAGUUAAUACAAUUCCAUGACGAGGAAAAAAUGGUAGAAAUGGAAAAAAAAGAUAUGUGAAAGAAGUGAUACAUUGAAUUUCUCUUUGAUCGUGUUGUAUUGAUGGUGUAGUAAAAGGUGGGGUUUUGUAUUUUUUAUUCUAUCUUCGUUAUUUUUAUACUUUUUUUUCUUUCUCUUUGUUCCUGAUUUGUUAAUACGAGUUCAUGUGUCCAAUACUAUUUCACAGCUUACUCACUGUGUUGCGGGAUUGCCUUUUUUCGUAUCAUCUUUUAUCUUUAUUCUGUUUUAUUUGUCUCCAUCUGCGUGUUCGUCUGUCUGCCUGUCUUGUACGGCUGGCUUUCUGUUAUUCAGUUAAAAAAAAUGUGUGUGUGUCAGGUAUUUUUCUUUCAUACAUCGCUAUAUUUAGUUUCAUUUUUUAGUUCGUCUUUGUUUGUAGAGUUCGUCCAUCUAUAUAUACUGCAUUGCAUUGGAUUCUCUGAAAAAUAAAACCUGAUGUCUUUCCUUAGA